AAUGUACGGAUAUGCAACAGACUUAACAACAAUAAGAAACCAAUGCAAAGUCUGAAACAGUCCUAAGCCUACACCGUGUCCUUAACCAGACGUGAUGUCAGCUCUCGGCCAUUUUAACUAGGUUUUUUUUUUUUUUGUAGGAUACUAACCAGCGGCGACGGCGAUACGACACACUUUUUUACAGUUGCUAUUUCUGCUGUGUCGCGGCUGGAACAACUUACAAAGUAUGAUAAUGACAAUCUCAGGUACUCACAGGGCUUGCUUUGAGGGGGGAUGGCAUCCCCCUUGUUGAAAAAAAUGACAAAAAGCUUUUUUGACAAAAAACACUUCAGUGCCCUCCAAAGGCACCAUUUUAGGUAUAUAAUUGUCUGUGUGUGUGAGAGAGAGUCUGGUGGUCACUCAUCCAAAGCUACAAUGAUAUAAAUAAUGUAAUGAAAAAUGCCUAUUUUUCUACUCUUUAAACCACUAAAUAUGUUAAAGUGCCAAAAACUCCACCCAAGGCCAAUGCCCACACCAUCACCCUUGAAUUUUUUUUACAGUUCGACCUCUGGGUACUCAUUAUGUGCUUUUACUUAAUGCAAAGAGAAUUUAAUGUGAGUUUGAAUAUCAUUUUCAUGGCCUUUAUAGACCUAAGCAACAAUGGAUAAUGUUAGCCUAAUUCACCUCAGAUCUUGAAAAUAAAGGAAACAAUGUUCAAACUGCCAACAAAGGUAUUCUAUGAUUUAAAAAAGACUGUUUCAGUCACUCAGUAUGUAUUUUUAAUCAUGUUAAAAUGCUAUAAGAUUUAUGAAUUUGAUAAUGUAGUCUACCUGUUGGGCCUACUAAUCCAUUUCAGAGAGAGCCCGCCCACACCCUCUUCUGAUUGGCUGUGAUUUUUGAUUGACUUAAUACAGGACACGGUGUUAGGCUGUUUAAAAUUUGCUUUUCAAAGCUGCAAUUUAGGCCAUAUGGAGCUACAAAAUUAACGAGCAGCAUCAUGAGCUGUUUAUUUCUCAUGUUUUGUUUGAAUGCCAGGGUACUGCUAUACGUAAACGCCGCCCCAUGCGUAUCAAAAGACAGUUUGAAUAUAUCUUGUACCACUGGAGUGUAUCUGCUGGACUGCAAGCGGCGCUGAACAGUCUCCUCCCCACCCACGAGGACCUGCAUUUGAGACAGUGUCGGUGUCUAGGUAGGUAGGUACCUCACUAGGUUUUGAGACACAGCCCUGCUCGCUCGUAUUCAUUCAUUGAGGGAUUUCUUUCUCCAUGAAUACGACAAAGACUGGCAGUCUCUCUGCAUUAAAUAAGAGCGAGAAGGGCAGAGAGACACCGGCUGCAGCCCAUCCGCCCCAUCCAGCAGAGCACAUGAUUCUCUCCUCCUGCUCUUAAAAACCAUCACCAGCAUCCUCUGGAAGAGAUGACAAGCCAUUAGAUGUAUGCUUUCAUAUCAACUGUGCUCAUCGGAUAGCUACACGCGCACAAACAUUCUACAGUCCCUGGUGUUGACAUGGAGCUGGAGCAUUUCGACGAACGGGACAAAGCACAAAGAUACAGCCGUGCGGGUUCACGGGCGAACGGCCUCCCGAGCCCUACACACAGCGCUCACUGCAGCCUGUACCGAACCCGGACCUUACAGGCUCUGAGCUCCGAGAAGAAAGCCAAGAAGGUCCGGUUCUACCGCAAUGGAGACCGGUACUUUAAAGGGAUUGUGUACGCUAUCUCCAACGACAGAUUCAGGUCUUUCGACGCUCUGCUCGCAGACCUCACCCGCUCUCUAUCAGAUAAUGUAAAUCUGCCCCAGGGGGUCCGGACCAUUUAUGCCAUUGACGGGUCGAAAAUUACCAGCAUGGAGCAGCUGGUGGAAGGGGAGAGCUAUGUGUGUGGAUCAAUUGAGCCUUACAAGAAGCUGGAAUACACUAAGAAUGUCAACCCCAACUGGUCAGUUAAUGUCAGGACCGUUGCAUCAGCACGAGCGCCCACCUCUCUGGCCAGCGCCAAGGCCGGGUCUAUAGAAAUCAAGGACAACAAGGAUUUCAUCCGGCCCAAACUGGUGACCAUAAUCCGCAGCGGGGUAAAGCCUCGGAAAGCCGUGCGCAUCCUUCUCAACAAGAAGACAGCCCACUCGUUUGAGCAGGUUCUCACGGAUAUCACAGAUGCCAUCAAACUGGACUCUGGAGUGGUCAAGAGGCUAUAUACAGUGGAUGGCAAAAUGAUAACAUGUCUUCAGGACUUCUUUGGUGAGGAUGAUAUAUUUAUUGCCUGCGGCCCAGAGAAGUUCCGCUACCAGGAUGACUUCCUGUUGGAUGAGAGUGAGUGCAGGGUGAUGAAAUCGCAGUCCUAUGGCCGUAUUUCUUCCAUGCAGGGCCGCUGCUCUCCCCGCAGUGGUGGACCCUCAAGAAGGAGCAAGUCCCCUGGUUCCAGCAGCUCAGCUAACGGUACAGCAGGAAGUCAGCUGUCGACCCCACGGUCAGGCAAAUCUCCCAGUCCAUCUCCCACCAGUCCAGCCAGUCUGAGGAGACGAAGGGGCUCUCAGCACAGUGGCUCCUCUCUCUCUCUGGCCUCCACCAAGGUGUGCAGCUCCAUGGAUGAGGGCGAUGGGCUGGGAAGUGAAGCUGAGCUGAUGGAGGAUUGUCCUCAGGUUCCUGCUUCCAUAGCCGAGCGGUACAAAGUGGGACGAAUGAUUGGCGAUGGGAACUUUGCCGUGGUCCGAGAGUGUAUGGAGAGAUCCACAGGCCGAGAGUACGCUCUGAAGAUCAUCAACAAGAGCAAAUGCAGGGGGAAGUUCACCCCCUUUUGGCCCUGUGGCAGUACAAGCUUUGGCGCUGUGAGGGCAUCAGGGACAUAUUUUAGAAAGUUCACUCCCACACGCAGCAUGUGGUUGGUCUCAUGUAGUUGUUUGUGGCCAGGGGCCGUCGUGGGACCAGAUGCCGUGAACGGGAGGUUGGAGGGGUAUGAGUGGUGGUACAAAGCAUUUCGCAUGGAAGUGUUGGCAAGUUUGGUUGUCAGUGGCAGUGGCAGUAAGGUGGGAAAUGUUGCAGGAACAGUCCGCUGGCUGCGGGUGUUGUUGCCACACUAA